UUUUUUUUUCGACAAGUUGACAACCGCCCACUUACAAACGUCUGGUUUUCCAUCAAAAGGCUUUGGAUUAUUGGAAUUCGAGUGACGCACUUUGUCAUUUUAAAACCGCUAUGUGGGUGGGAGCAAAAGUGCAAUAAAAGGAGUAACCACAUGGAGUGAUUGAUUACACAGUCAACACGUCGCUGUACACAAACAAUCAUGCUGGCAAGGACUGUUUUGGUACUCUGUUUGGCAGCUUUGGCAAGUGCAGCUGUUAUCCAUCGUGGCUCUAAAGAGCCAAAAUGCUCAACGUACCUCUUGCCCAUAUGUACCCGGGAAUAUAACCCCGUGUGUGGUACUGAUGGAGUCACAUACCCCAACGAAUGCAUGCUGUGUUUGGAAAAUAUGGAGAACAAGUUCAACACAUUGAUCUCCAGGAUAGGGGAAUGCUGAGACAAAUCCACUCAUUUAUAUUAUCAAGAUCUGACAUGAAGGCUGGAACCACAUGCAGUGUUUUUUAAUGGUUUUGUGUGUCGAUUUUAAAACAUAAUCAUUUAAUAAAAACCUUGAUACAUAAGUC